AUGGAAAGCAACACCGAGAUGUCUCGCCAAGUCACUGUUCUUGUGAUUGGAGCUGGAAGUCGGGGAAGGAAUUAUUCCUCUUUUGCUCAGCAGUUUCCUGCACACAUGAAGGUAAGAGCUGACCAGGGAUCUUCUGAGACUUGUGAACACACCCUUCUACUGAUGUUAAAAUAGCUCCAGGUCCAGUGGACUUCAAACCAAACACUUGAUACUCAUCCUCCCCCCAGCAAAUGCCCCAUUUUUCUUCACUGUGAUUUUUGCAUAGUGCACACACCCACACCAAUGAUUUGCAAUUCAUGCAAUUCAUGAUUUUGCCAGGGCAAAAAUUAUGAAACUGCUAUCACAAUAUGGACUUUAAACUGGUUUUGGACAAUACAGUGGUACCUCGGGUUACAUACGCUUCAGGCUACAGACGCCGCUAAUCCAGAAAUAGUAUCUCGGGUUAAGAACUUUGCUUCAGGAUGAGAACAGAAAUCGUGCUCCAGCAGCAGCAGGAGGCCCCAUUAGCUAAAGUGGUGCUUCAGGUUAAGAACAGUUUCAGCUUAAGAACGGACCUCCGGAACGAAUUAAGUACUUAACCCGAGGUACCACUGUAUACCAAUAUAUCAACCAGUCCUAUUCACAGGUGCGGAGAGUAUUGCUUUCACUCAGGCUUCCCGUGGGCAUCUGAUUGGCUGCUGUGAGCAUAGGAUGUUGAACUAAAUGGACCACUAUGCUUUCCAUGGUACAGUCGGACCUCGGAAGUCGAACGGAAUCUGUUCGGCUUCCAAAACAUUUGGAAACCAAAGUGUGGCUUCUGAUUGGCUGCAGGAAGCUCCUGCAGCCAAUCUGAAGCUGCAGAAGCCCCGUCGGACAUUCGGCUUCCAAAAAUUUGCGGUGUUCAGGAGCCAAAACGUUCGAGAACUAACCUGUAUUGAAAUAGCCUGCAUUGGACCGCCAUAGUCCAGCUAUCUGCUUGCGAGAUGCUGACAGCUUUCUCCCUUUGUUAGGUGAUUGGUGUGGCAGACCCACAUCCAUUUGCGAGGAAGAGGCUCCAGAAAGCUCAUGGCAUUGACGAGGACAAUGUGUUUGAUGGUAUGCAAUUAUUACUCUAUAUCUCUGCCCUGCCCUUGCUCCAAAACAGAGAGGGUCCCAUCUGUGGUCUUCAGCAUAAUUCAUGUAGGUGUGGAGAGGGGGGGAAUUGAGAAAAUUGACCACUAUCAGGAUGUAGCCUCUGGGUGUCAGAAUUCUGGUGAAAAUGAAAGAGGCAAUUGCUAGUGUGGUGUAGUGGUUAAGAGUGAUAGACUCGUAAUCUGGGGAACCGGGUUCACUUCCCCGCUCCUCCACAUGCAGCUGCUGGGUGACCUUGGGCUAGUCACACUUCUUUGAGGUCUCUCAGCCCCACUCACCUCACAGAGUGUUUGUAGUGGGGGAGGAAGGGAAAGGAGAAUGUUAGCUGCUUUGAGACUCCUUCGGGUAGUGAUAAAGCAGGAUAUCAAAUCCAAACUCUUCUUCUUCUCUUCCAAUGUUUGCUUAUUCGUCCUAUGUCUGGAAAAGUAAACCAACCCAGCAAAUACCAAUUGUUGCUGCUGAUUUCAAUAUACCUUGUGUUUUCUUUGCAUUGAAAGGGGGGGGGGUCUGGAUAACCCAUUGACAAUGUAUUUUGGGUGAUUCUUUAUGGAAAUAAUGUAAACUCAAUUUCAGCACAGCGGACCAUGAGACAAAUAAUGUAGUUUUUGGCCAGAGGUGAACUGCAGAGGAACAGAAACGGUGCUUCAUUCAGGGCGGAAUAGAAAAACGGUGCCUUCUUACAUCCCUGUGACAUUGCACAGACGCUAGAAGUUUCUCCAGUAAAUAUGCUCCCCAUCUCCAAAGAGCUUACUGCAACAUGCACACUGCUAUUUCUCCCCUGCCCCCCCCCCCCGCCAGUUUUAUCCUCACAAUAACUCUGUCAGGAAGGCGAGGCUAAACAAAAAUUAAUACAUCUCUCUGACUGUUUUGGGGCUUGGUUUUUUCUCUCUCCUGCCUCUGGAAACAUUGGCUGAGAUCUUAUUUUGCUUCGUUUCACACACUGAGUUGUAUCCAAUGCUAGUGCUACUCAGAGUAGACCCAUUGAACUAAGGUAGGUUGAUUCAUUUCAGUGAGUUUUGUCUGUGUAGAAAUUAGUUGUAUACACCCCAUUAUGGUCCCCCCCCAAGAUGUGAGAAUGUACAUUUGUGAUAAAUGCCUGUUUGUGGGUACGGUGAUUCCAAGAUAGAUAAAUAUUUUUUAGAAUUUUCUUCCUAAUAAUCAUUUAAAGGUUAUGCUAAAUAACAGGAAAUGGAGGAGAAGAGAACCCAGCAGCAUAAUAUGUGUAAUUUUCUGCUCUUGCGGUUCAUCCUUUCACUGUUCAAUCUUAUUCUUUUAAGACUGGACAGCAGCGGCUGAGAAAGAGAGGUUUGCGGAUGCUGUUAUCAUAGCAACGCCCGACAGCCUUCACAAGGUACUGCUAACCUUCUCCCACUCGAGGCUUCUUUUGAAUCAAAUCUGAGUCAUCUCGACUCUGCUUGCGUGCAAACAGUUUUGGUGGCAGUGCUCAGUUUAGCCCUGUGUGAGAAAUAAAAGUAGAAGUAGUUUAGGGAUAUACUUUGAAACAGGAAGGAGUUUAGCUUGAGCACACACAGCCUCUGAAUCUAACAGUGUCCCCCAUACAGCCAUGGGAAUGCCCACCAAGGAUGUUGGAGAAUGGAAAGCAGAGAGGAAAUUGCCAAUGUCAGUUUGUUCCUUCCAAGUCGAGAAAUACAAUCAGUAUUCACUGCAAAGGAUGUGAAAUUGGUUACAUUCCGCCUCCCCUAUUUCCUUUUAUGUUUAUACGAGUGGGGUGGAGUAACUCGACGGCAAUUUAUUGUGCACAAUGAAUUAACUCUGCAAAUUACCUAAGCCACGUUGUUUCCUGACAGCAGGAUGAAUAGCAUCCAUUUUGGCAGAAAGCAAACUGCAGAGGCAUAGAAACGGCGCUGCAUGUGACGAGCGCAAGGCAGAACAGAAAAGGAUGCUGCCUAGUUUCCCUAAUAUCCACUUUGCCAUAUCACACACACCCCUUUCCCCCUGAAACACCAUGCAUUUUAGUAUGGUUUUUGCAAAGUUUGUUUUACGCAUUAAAAACUGUUCUGAAGGAGGAGGCUGUUGGAGUGAUCCAAGGGCCAGCCAGUUGCCACUUCCCAAAACCUUGCUUCAGGAAAGGGAUGGGGUUAUGAGAUUGUGCUUAGCGGUGGCUGGUGCCCAUGGAGACAGGUAGGGUGGAAGGCAGGGAGCCCACCAGCAGGUGGCGCUGGAGCCAGUGGCUGGCAGAGCCAAGGAAAUCUACAGUGGUGCCUCGCAAGACGAAAUUAAUCCGUUCCGCAAGAGUCUUCGUCUAGCGGUUUUUUCGUCUUGCGAAGCAAGCCCAUUGACGGAUUAGCGCUAUUAGCGCUAUCAGCUGUUUAGCGGCUAUUAAAGGCUUAAAGGCUUAGGGAUUAGCUGCUAAAAGGCUAUUAAAGGCUAUUAAAGGCUUAGCAGAUUAGAUAAAGGGGGGGGAAAGCGAAAAAAAAUCUCAAGACUCGCAAGGUAUUUUCGUCUUGCGAAGCAAGCCCAUAGGGGAAUUCGUCCUGCGAAGCAACUUCAAAACGGAAAACCCUUUCGUCUAGCGGUUUUUCCGUCUUGCGAGGCAUUCGUCUUGCGGGGCACCACUGUAGUUUUGUCCCCAUCCUCCUCCCUGCUGAGUUCUACCAGGGGCAACAACGAGACUGUGUAGUAGGAUGCUGGCAGUCUGUGCCACACCUGGGCUAAGCUGUAAGUAGGAAGGAAGGAAGGUGGGGGCAGGCUGAGGUUGCCUCAUGCAACCUGAUGGGCCAGCCCCCACUGAUUGUGAAUGAUACAGGAACUGGCCAAUUGUUGCUGUGCAAUUCUGUCUUCUGCUGAAAGCCAGAAGACCACCAUCCAAACACAGCCAAAAUGGAGUCUUUGCGGUUCCAGAGGAAAGGGACCACUGAACAGGAUGUCUGCCUUUAAGUUGCUGUAUAAAAAAAAGAGAACUAUGUAUUUAGAAAAAAUCCUUUCCCAAGACACUAAGGAUGCAUUGAAAUGUCAGCUGCUUGAUGGUAAUUUGUGGCGGUCUCUUCCCCACCAGGCGCCGGCAGUGGCUUUUGCCCACAAAGGAUACCACAUCUUGCUGGAGAAGCCCAUGGCGGUAAGUGUUGCUUGUGUUAGAAACUCUCAUAUACCGUAUUUUUCGCCCCAUAGGGUGCACCGUUUUUUUGGGGGGGGGGAAUAAAGAAAAAAAAUUAUUUCCCCCGACCCCAGCCCCCAGAAUAGGCUGCUAUCCGCAAGCCUAGGGAGCCCGGCGGGAAGUCGCACUGGUCUCCCCAGGCUUGCGGAUAUCUUCCCGAAGCCCGGGGCGCGUGGCUCAGCGCGCCCCAGGCUUCAGGAUGCAGGCAGCUCCCACCGCCAGCCUCCAAACCAGGUCAGGGAACAGCGGGAAAGCAGUGCUCCGCCUCCCGAGCUUGUGGGGCUGGCGGUGGGGAAAGCAGCGCUUCUCCCCACCGCCAGCCUCCAAACCAGGUCGGGGAACAGCGGGAAAGCAUGCUCCGCCUCCCCGCUGUCCCCCGAGCUUGUGGGGCUGGUGGUGGGGAGAAGCGCUGCUUUCCCCACCGCCAGCCUCCAAACCAGGUCAGGUUUGGAGGCUGCUAUCCGCAAGCCUUGGGAGCCCGACGGGAACUCCCGCGGAGCUCCCAAGGCUUGCGGAUAGCUUCCUGAAGCCUGGAGAGUGAGAGGGGUCGGUGCGCACCGGGCUCCCACUCUCCAGGCUUCAGCGAAAGCCUGCAUUCGCCCCAUAGGACGCACACACAUUUCCCCUUCAUUUUUGGAGGGGAAAAAGUGUGUCCUAUAGGGCGAAAAAUACGGUAUAUAUUAGGCAUUAAAUGGCUCCUUAAACCAGGGUUACAGCUAGUUGCCUUUUGGGGGCCAGACAAUUCGAAAGUUGUAUUUUUCAAUUUGACUUUUUGGUUCCUGAAAUUCAAGUAAAAUGUAACGGAUAGAAUUCGUUAUAUGUGAUGCUAGUGUGUGAAAACAGUCGAGAUCCAAGGAUCCCCGGGCAUGCACCUCCAGGUGCAUCUUCACUUGGCUGAAGGCCAGGCGCAAAAUUUCCCCUGGAGAAUUUUGAAUGCUGUGUGCUGGCAGGACCUCUUGCUGGAGGAAAUUGUUGAGGCCACAGUAGCAAGUCCAGGGUUAAGACGGGUAUAAUGGCUGCAUGCUGAACCAUAAGGACAUGCUUUCCACUGGAAAGGAGAAGCUGUCUCAGAGCAUGCCAAGCGAGGGUCUUUCCUUCAUGGGUCUGUUUUCUGGGCUCCCAAGAAUUCUUCCUUGGUUUGUUCUUCUGCUUCCUGUUGACUCUUCGAUGCACUUCCUCUGCCUUUGUAGCACUUGGCUGAGAUCGAAAAAUAUGCACUCAGCUGAGCCAAAAAGUGUGCAUGUCAGCUAUAAUUUCUUUGCUCAGGCCAGAAUCUCUGACUGAAUUCCUUGUGAGCAGUCGAGCAUUUCUUUUGUAAGUCUCUGGGCUUAAUGGUCUCGCGUGGUCAGUCAGCCGACCUUGCUGUCUUCGGAAGCCCUCCUGCUCAUUCUGCUCACUUGUGAAAUUCUAACCGCUGCUGAGAAGACCCAAACGCCUUCAAGUGUGACUCUAGCUGGUUGCUGAUCUUCUUCCAUUGACUGUUUCCAUAUGUCCACAUCCUGGGGGCGUUUUUGGACUACAACUCCCAUCAUCCCUUACCCAUUGACUGCUUGGCUGGCGCUGGUGGGGCUUAAAGCCCAACAGCGUCUCUGGGAGGCCUAACCCCUGCCCUAGAGGGGUAGGAAAUGCCCUAUGCUCUUAAAAUAGGUAAGAGCAGGGGGUAGCCAAGGUGGUGGCCUCCAGAUGUUGAGCUACAACUCCCAUCAGCCAUGGUCAGUAAUCAGGGAUGAUGGGAGUUGUAGUCCAGUAAUACCUGGAGUGCAUUGGGUUCCCCAUCCCUGGGCUAAAGGCUCCUCCGUGCUGGAAGCACCAUCCAGAAAGGAGUCUCCCUGCUGUGUCUCUGCAUAAGUGGCUGAUCUGGCUUUUAUCAAUGGAAACAAAGCCAGGGAAGCUGUGCCCUUGGGAUGUUCUUGAACUACAGAUCCCAAGAGCCCCAGCUGGCAUUGCCAGGGAUGUUGAGAGUUGUAGUCCGGGGGGGGGGCAGUAGGUUGGCUUAUCCCCAGGUGAAGUGACCAGUGUUGCCUUGGCUGAAACUGAUUGUAUUUCCCCCCCUUUUGAUCGAUCAGGUAACACUAGAGGACUGUAAAGAAAUAGUUCUGGCCUGUAAAACCAACAACGUCAUCCUCGCAGUCUGUCACGUCCUACGCUACCAUCCAGUGUCCUUGAAAAUAAAGGUAUGCCAGCUAGGCAGACAGUGAGGGGAGGACGUACUCUUAAAAAUAUCAGCCCUUCUAAUUCCAAACUCGACCGGUGAGUGUCGACUGGACUGGAUGUGAGAGAGAUGGCUACUGAGAAGCUAGAGAAGGAGGCGUGGGGGAUUAGGGACUUGGGGAGAGGCCUCUUUCUUUGCCUGAUACUUGUUCCUUUUAGCUGGAGAUGCCAAGAGUUGCACUUGGGACCUUCUGCGUGCAAAUCAGGCGGCCCCACCUCCUUGCAGAGAACCUCAGAGCUAUAAAGGGCCAAACCCUCUGGCCUGAAGGAAGGUGUGCUGGUUGUUUCUGCCGCACAGCGGGUUCCCCCCUCCAACCCUAGUGUUGAAGGAACCACUUCUCACAGAGACUGAGGACCGGGAGUUUUUAACUCAGAGGUAGCGUUUAGAUGAGCCAACAGGCAACCCGUCUAACGCAAGGCUUCAAUACUAAGCCUCUCUCUCAUUCACGAGAGGGUGCAGUCCUUUUAAGUGCAAGGAAACAGUGCAGUUCUUACAGGAGUCAAAGGUGGCUUGCCUGCCCUUUAUUCUCCUGGUAGAAAGUUCAACGCUGCGGUAAUUCACCCAGCCGGCUCCCACAGCAGGGAUCCUCCUGUAUGCCCUUGACAAAAUGCUUUCCUUCACACUAUCUAUUUUCUAUGUCUCCUUCAUGUUCUCUUCUCAGACCCCUACUCUACACCUCUGCUGGCAUGCACAAAGUUUUCGUUUUUUAAGGAGAUGGUUAAUGAGAGUCAAAAGGCACUGAAGAGUGACUCAGAAGCUUGACCUUAAUUACAUUCACUUCUUUCACAGGGGAAGGUGGCUGAGAGGUUCCUCUGUGAGUUCUUGCCCAGCCUCCUCAUUGGGUGCAGUUGUCUCCUGACCCUGUACCGAACACAAACCUCAAAUAAACAGAGGAAACCCAACUGCAUUCGCUGGAUUGGUUUCUCUUCCAGGCAGGGGGUGAACGAGUAGACACCCUCGGUUUCUGCUCCCGUUUUCUUUUUCUCUGACAACUCUCUGCCCUAUCUGUUUACAGUGGUACCUCGGGUUACAUACGCUUCAGUUUACAUACGCUUCAGGUUACAGACUCUGCUAACCCAGAAAUAGUGCUUCAGGUUAAGAACUUUGCUUCAGGAUAAGAACAGAAAUCAUGCUCCAGCGGCGCAGUGGCAGCGGGAGGCCCCAUUAGCUAAAGUGGUGCUUCAGGUUAAGAACAGUUUCAGGUUAAGAACGGACCUCCGGAACGAAAAUACUUAACCCAAGGUACCACUGUAUUUUUGUUUAGGAACUCCUAGACGCUGGACUGAUUGGAGACAUCUGCCACAUUCAGCACCUGGAACCUGUAAGUAUAGAAUCAUAGAGUCGGAAGGAACCUCAUGGGGUCAUCUAGUCCAAACCCCCUGCAAUGCAGGCAUCUCAGCUAAAGCAUCCAUGACAGAGGGCCCUCCAGCCUCUGCUUAAAAAACCUCCAAGGAAGAAGAGUCCACAACUUGUCAAGAGGGACCGUUCCACUGUCAAACAGCUCUUCCUGUCAGAAAGUUCUUCCUGGUGUUUAGUUGGAAUCUCCUUUCUUGUAACAUGAAGCCCCAGGUUCGAGUCCUACCCUCCAGAGCAGGAGGAAACAAGCUUGCUCCAUCUUCCAUGUGACAGCCCUUCAGAUAUUUGAAGAUGCCUAUCAUAUCUCCUUUCAGUCUCCUAUUUUCCACGCCAAACAUACCCAGCUCCUUCAAGCACUUUUCAUAAGGCUUCGUUUUCAGUAUUACAUGCCCAAGUUACACUGAAUCCUAUGAAACACGCUUCCUUGCACUCAUGAUGUAAUAGCAUGCCUCCCCGUUUUCUCCUGCCUGUUUCUCUUUUCCCUUUGCCCCACUAGCCCCAUGCUGCCCUUAUUCAGCCACUUGCCUGCAUGCCUUUGUAAUUAUAUCAGUUCUGGGGAGUGGCAGAGUUUGUCAGCUUCCUCCUGCUUAGUCUCAGUGUUGCCCCUUGUAAGACUCAGCAGAGAGGAGGAUAGGGAUGAAACUGGAAUCCAUUGACUCCACCUGCCACUGGCUCUAGCGCCACCUACUGUUGGGCUCCCUGCUUUCCACCCUACCAGUCAUCCUUUUGGGCAGUGUACCUAUCCCCAAAUUCUUGGUCAAGGACCAUGUGUGUGGAUGCUGCAAUAAAAGACAAAUGGUACAUUAUCGAGCUAUUCCAGCCUACUUGUAAAAGUGUUUAGCUAAGUUUCUGAGCGGGUGGGGAAGCUCUCAUAAUAAUUUCUCGCAUUUAUUUAUUUGCACAGAUUUGUGUGCAAAUAUGAAAGUCUGUUGGACAGUAUACCUUUUUUAAAAAGAAAGAAAAAAGAAUGUCCUAAAACACACACAAAAAACAUCAGAAAAGCUGUGUUUGUUUACGUGUGCCUAUACUAGUUUAUGAUUUGCAUUGCAUGAACAUGUUAACGUUAUAAUUUGCUUAUGCUUUUAAGUAAGUUGUAAGUCUCUCAGGGGCCUCCAACAAGUGACCAACAAAUCUAAUACUUAUUAUUAUUAUUAUUAUUUAUUAAAAGUUCACAUUAUUCGUGGUACAGAGUUGGGCCACCUUUGGGAAAAAGUCUGUUUAAACUAAAAAGGUUUUAUUGUCAUCCCUGGCUGAUAGCGCUAAUGGGAGUUAGGGUCCAGCAGCUUGUGGGGAGGCAAGUUCCCCACCUGAGUUUUAGCGCUUCAUACUUUCCAUUCCAGCAGCUCUUGCUCCCUGUCUCGAGACUAACCACGGACUGUUUUUCUCUCCCUGACCCCGCCCCCCACCCAGGUUGGAUUCUGGCAUUUUGCCCACUCCUUUGUACGAGGAAACUGGCGGAACGAAGCCGAGAGCACCUUUUCGCUGCUCGCUAAAUCGUGCCACGAUGUUGACCUCAUCAAUUACUGGAUGGGCAGCAGAAGGUACGCAAGGAAGAACCCUUCUCUCUUAAGAGGCUGCUAUUGUUUGCAGAGGCGGAAAGGGAGCGAGGUCCCAACUAAAGAAGACUGGCAACUUAUGUUGACAGAAUAUGCACAUUGACAGAAUAUAUGGAAAAUAACUCUGCACAGCUGAAAACGCUGGCAGCAUUAAGAUAAAUUCAACAGUGUAAAUAAUCUUUGAUGGGUGUAAUACUGGGGAAAUGAUUGGAAUAGUUUUUGUAAAAUAUGCAGGGGUGUGUGUGUGUGUGUGUGUGUGUGUGUGUGUUUGGGACGUUGCUCUUGUGGAAAUCAGACAGGCCCCUGCAGCCCUGAAAGAUGCCAAAAAUGCAUUUGUUUCAAGUUGCAAGUGUUUUAAAGAGAAUGGAUCUUGUUCCACGUUGGCCCUUUGGUCUGGAUUUUAUUAUGUUUUUAUUGUACAAAGUCUUGAUACUUAAAAAAAAAAAUGUGCUGGUGUUUUGUAAAUAUUGUUAUCAAUAAAUAAACCUCAAAAUGCCUCUUCCCCUUCCCUCCCCAAUUCUUCUUUCAGAUGUUUGAAAGUGUCAUCUUUUGGCAACCUGUCCCAUUUCACGAAAGAGCACAAGGUUGGUCAAACUUUCCAAUGAGUACUUUUUUAUGUUUUUAAAGGAAGAGUCUUUUGUGCAUUUUGCCGCACUGGGUGAGUGCAGAAUUUGAGCAGCCUCCUGCCAGCUUUCAACUUUGCCCCUGAAAUAAAAUCAAGCCUCUAAUCCAUACUGUGGAAACAAUGAUGUUCUGAGAUGCAGUCUGUGAAUUUAAUAGUAAUAAUAGUUUAUUUCUUAUACCCCGUCCAUCUGACUGGGUUGCCCCCAGCCACUCUGGGCAGCUUCCAACAAAAAAACACAAUAAAGCAUCAAACAAUUAAAAACUUCCCUUUACAGGUCUGCCUUCAGAUGUCUUCUAAAAUUCAUACAGUUGUUUAUCUGUUUGACAUCUGAUGGGAGGGCAUUCCACAAGGUGGGUACCACUACCGAGAAGGCCCUCUGCCUGCUUCCCUGUAACUUCACUUCUCACAAUGAUGGAACUGCCAGAAGGCCCUUGGAGCUGGACCUCAGUGUCUGGGCUGAAUGAUGGGGGUGGAGACGCUCCUUCUGGUAUACGGGGCCGAGGCUUUAAAGUUCAGCACCAACACUUUGGAUUGUGUCUGGAAACGUACUGGGAGCCAGUGUAGAUCCUUCAGGACCGGUGAUAUAUGGUCCUGGCGGCCGAUCCCAGUCACCAGUCUAGCUGCCGCAUUCUGGAUUAGUUAUAGUGCGCCAUUGUUUCUCAGCAAUGACUUCUCUCCAACUUUCCCUUAGCCGGAAGGUGCCGCAGAUCGCUGUUUAGACUGUUCAGUUGAAGAAACCUGCCCGUAUUCAGCAAAGAAGAUUUAUCUGGCACAGGCUGAGAGGGUAGGUACUGAGCGGGGUUCUAACCUUGGAGAUAGGUUGAUUUAUUUAUUCCCCCACCACAGGUUAACAAGUUACUCAGUAAGGAAAAACAAAACAAAACCAACCAGUUGAUCUUUUUUCUCUUUCUUCUGGCUGUAGAGGUGUGCAUUGAUCAAUUUGCAAGUGCCUGGCAGUUUAGAAAAAGUUAUGAAAAUGAUUUCAGUUUGCAACAAGAAAAUUUCACACACACAAAUGUGUGUUUCUAUAUCUAUGUAAUUUAGUGUAUAAUAAUAAUAAUAAUAAUAAUAAUAAUAAAUAAUAAUAAUAAAUUUUAUUUAUACCCCGCCUUCCCUGGCCAGAGCCAGGCUCAGGGCGGCUAAUGCCAAAUCACAGUAAAAACAUAAUAGGGGAGGGGGAAAACCAAUUUAAAAUACAGGUUAAAAUGCAAUUUAAAAUGCAGCUUCAUUUUAAAAGUAGCUCAUAGAUCAAAAACAUUAGGGGAGGGAAACAUAAGGGUCAGACUGAGUCCAAACCAAAGGCCAGGUGGAACAGCUCUUUCUUGCAGGCCCUGCAGAAAGAUGUCAAGUCCCGCAGGACCCUAGUCUCUUGUGACAGAGCCAUAUAUCUCGCCGUUCUCCCAACUUGGGAUUCAAGGUAGCUUUCGACAUUUAAAAACACCAUUCUAAAAUACAAAGUAAUAAAAAGAAACAAGUUAAACACGAUAAUUAAAGUACAUCAGGACAUAUUGGGAACCGGAAGCUAAAAUACAGUUUGCCCCGUGGUCAGCAGCCCAGAGGUCAGCACUGUCCACACCUUAGUUUCCAAAGGCCUCUCUUAACAGGAAGGUCUCAACCUUCUGGUGGAAGGGCAUGAUAGAAGGAGCCAGUCUAACUUCCCUUGGGAGAGAAUCCCACAAUAUUGGGUGUAUAUGGUAAAUGGCCACAGAACUUGGUGGGGCUAGUUGGGCUGCAGCAGUGUGGUGUAGUGGUUAGUGGGCUGGCUGGGGAGAUCCAGUCUUCAGACUCUGGAUCCAGCGGAGUUCUUCUUGCGUUCCUAAGAUCCAAACUUGUUGAGGAUGGGCUGGAUCCUGCUGGGACGCUGCUGUUGACACAGUCUUCCUUUUGUUUCAUCCCAGGGAUACUUUGGGUGGCCAGUGUCUGUGGUCUGCCAUAGCGGUGAGUACGAUAUAGAAUCGCUGACCGACGCCUUGCGCCACGGCCCCUACGGAAGGUGCAUUUACGAGUGUGACAAUGAUGUUGUUAAUCACCAGGUAUGCAGCCUUGCACUAAACCUUCCUUCCUCUUCUCCCCAGCCGCCCUCCUCCGGUUAUUUCUUAACCAAAUUGACAAGUCACAGCAUUAUUGUCUUGGAAGAUGUUUAGUAGGGCAAGUUCUGGGUUGACUUCUAAAACUUGUUUAGUUAUUUUGCAUAUUUCUUAUCUAGCCUAUGCUCCCCACCCUCCAAUUAUCCUCUGCACCUUUGCAGUGAAUAUUUUCUAGAAGUAUGAAUUGCUUGACUUUAAUAUAGUACAGGACUGGGGAACCUUUUUUCAAGCUGAGGGCUACAUUCUCUCCUGGGUAAUGUUCGGGGUGGCAAAAAGGAGGCAGAACAGUGCAAAUUUGACCUUUGUGCAGUUUUCUACACACAUACAUCUCUGUCUUCCGUUUGGGAAAGCAAGAGACACAAUCAGAGUUCAAGGGCAAAGUCCAGUCUGGCAUAAACUCUCAAGGAGUUGAUAGUUUAAGAGCAGCUGGCUCCCAGUGAGUCUGCAGGGGCAGUCAGCUAUGUGGCAGUAUCUGACAUGCACCUCUGAUGGCCUCCUGACAACUGACACAAAAUAGCAAGGGGACAGUUCCUUAUAUCAUUUCAUUUAACCAAUCAGAAACGUCCCUUCAGAUUGGUGAAAAUAGUAACGACUCCAAGCCAAUGAAAGCUGGCCUUGCUUUUGAAUUUGAAACCCAAAUGUCAAUGCUCAACAUAAAACUUCUGAAUGGUGACAUUUUUCAUUGUCAGUUUUGGGGGUGGGAAGGUUUGUUACGGCUCUAGUUUGCUAAUUUAAGACAGGGUUUCUCCAGCCAUUGUUGGACUACAACUCCCAUCAUCCCUAGCUAGCAGGACCAGUGGUCAAAAAUGAUGGGGAUUGUAGUCCAAAAACAGCUGGAGACCCAACUUUGGGAAACCCUGAUUUAAGAUUUCAAGGUUUCAUAUAUUUGUGUAUGUGUAUAAUAUCUCUCUCUCUCUCUCUCUCUCUCUCUCUCUCUCUCUCUCUCUCUCUCUCUCUGUCUUUCUAUUCCAAGUUUGCCAACUCGCAGUUCUCAGAUAGUUUGUUCUAUAACUUCCAUCAGCCCAAGUUGGUGCUUACAGAAGGCAUGCUUUGAAACCAGUCUUGAGAACUAGGAGCAUCCGUUUAAAUAAUGGAAAUUGAAACCUGCUUCCAGCUCCCUACCAUGUUCUGUACACUGUUCUUCACUUGUUGUUUCAUGUCCCUCCUCAGGUUGUCAAUAUGGAGUUUGAAGGUGGAGCCACUGUUGCCUUCACAAUGGUUGGCUUCACACACAAACUAGGCGUGAGGAAAACAACCAUCUAUGGGACAAAGGUAAACUUAACUGCAGGGCUCUGUGCAUGAAAUUGCACCCACAGGCCGCACCCAGGGAAUUCCCAAUUCUGCAAUCUGAUCUCCAAGGUACCUGGGCCAGUCACUGUCUCUCAGCCUUACCUACCUCACAGGGUUGUUGUAAGGAUAGACUGGAGAGUGGGGGGAGGGAGUGCAUCCAUUACCUUGAGAUCUUUGGAGAAAAGGUGGGGGUGUACAUGCAAUACUGAAUAAAAUUAAAAUCCUUCAGUCAGUUUCACCUCUGGUCAUAUUAAACACUGGUGAUCUUCAUAAAACAGUUUUACCUUCCUGCAUUUUUUAUUUUUAGGGAGAACUUUCCUGCGAGGGUUCAGGACCAGUGGAGAUUUAUGAUUUCCUGGAAAGGAAGAUAAGCAGCUUUUCUCCAGAUAAAGCAGCCUGUGUCCCAAUGUGCUUAAGUGCUCAUAGCGGUGCUGACUACUACCUCAUGGAGAGUUUCAUUUCAGCUGUAGCGGUGAGUUUAUUAUGCGCAUGCACCCCGCUUUAAUUCCCCGAUAAGUAUAGAAUUGUAUUGUCACACACACACACACACACACACACACACACACACACACACACCUCUGCGUCUGAGAUUGCCCACUAUGCUUUCAAACCCAUCUUCAGAGUCAUAAAGACUGUACUGUGUGUACACUGGUUUCUGAUAGCUACAGGGCACAGCUUGCAGUGAUUUCAAGACUUUGUGUGUGUUGGAACAUUGCUGAGAACUUGUUUUUUUUGCAUGCAAAUGCAGAUUUGUACACAUGGAACAUUCUGAAUUGGCCUUGGGUAAAGCUUCUAUCAGCCUCAGUUCCAUCUUCUGUACAAUGGGUACACCUAAUAACAGGACCCACCUUAUAGGCUUGCCUUAAGGAUUCCCAAGAAUCAAUGUGAAUUCAAACACUCUGAAGGGCUCUACAAAUGCUAGGUAUUUAUUAUUCACCUCCAGGCCUUGCUAAAACAUCUUUUGUUUUUCUCUGGGAAAAAAACAACAGGAGAAUAACCCAUCUCUGAUUCGAACCGGUCCAGAAGACACCUUAAACUCUCAUCUCCUUGUAUUUGAAGCAGAGAGAUCCAGAAAAGAGAAUCGGGUUGUGCUUCUAGAGGUGUGA